AGCACCCUCGCGGUUCGCUCGCUGUCCCCACCCUCGUCCGCUCGCCUCCGCCUCGUCUCGUCCUCGUCCAUCCGCACCCUCGCCACCAUGGCCACCCAGCAGCCCCAGUCCGGUGCCCAGCUCAUCGACGGCAACGCCACCUCUCUUGCACUCCGCCAGGGCAUCGCCGCCCGCAUCGCCGACACGCGCGCCAAGUUCCCGCGCUUCGAGCCGAGCCUCGUCAUCGUCCAGCAGGGCGCCCGCUCCGACUCGUCGACCUAUGUCAAGAUGAAACUCAAGGCGGCCGCCGAGGCCGGCAUCAAGUGCCACCUCGUCCAGCUCGGCGGGUCCGAGGACGGCAUCGGCGAGCAGGAGGUCAUGGCCGAGGUCGAGCGCCUCAACGCCGACUCGAACGUGCACGGCAUCAUCGUCCAGCUCCCCUUGUCCGACGACAUUGGCCGCGACGGCGAGCGCCGUAUCACCGAGGCCGUCUCGCCCGAGAAAGACGUCGACGGCUUCCACGCGUACAACAUCGGCCUCCUGUCGUCGCGCGCGAGCGAGCCCUUGUUUGCGCCGUGCACCCCGGCCGGCGUCAUGCUCCUCCUCGAGUCGACCGGCGUCGACCUGCGCGGCAAGCACGCCGUCGUCCUCGGCCGCAGCGACAUUGUCGGCUCGCCCGUGUGCGCCCUCCUGCGCCGCAAGGACGCGACCGUCACCCAGUGCCACUCGCGCACCAAGAACCUCGAGCACCUCGUCAAGCAGGCCGACAUUGUCGUCGCCGCCAUCGGCGUCCCGCGCUUCGUCCAGGGCGCGUGGCUCAAGCCGGGCGCCAUCGUCAUCGACGUCGGGACCAACUUUGUCGACGACCCGACCCGCAAGUCGGGCUCGCGCCUCGUCGGCGACGUCGACUUUGACUCGGCGCGCGACGUGGCCUCGUUCAUCACGCCCGUGCCCGGCGGCGUCGGCCCCAUGACGGUCGCCAUGCUCAUGGAGAACACGGUCCUGUCGGCGCAGCGCCUCCUCGAAAAGAGCCAGCAGCGCCUCGUCAAGCCCCUCAAGCUCGUGUGCAAGCCCGACGUCCCGAGCGACAUCGAGAUCGCCAAGAGCCAGGUGCCCAAGCCCAUCGACGUCCUCGCCGCCGAGAUUGGCAUCCCGGGCCAGGACCUCGAGCUGUACGGCCGCAACAAGGCCAAGGUCAAGCUCGACGUGCUCGACCACCUGCGCCACCGCCGCGACGGCAAGUACAUUGUCGUCGCCGGCAUCACGCCGACCCCGCUCGGCGAGGGCAAGUCGACGACGACGAUCGGGCUCGCCCAGGCGCUCGGCGCCCACCUCGGCAAGGCGGCGUACGCGUGCGUGCGCCAGCCGUCGCAGGGCCCGACGUUCGGCAUCAAGGGCGGCGCCGCCGGCGGCGGCUACUCGCAGGUCAUCCCGAUGGACGAGUUCAACCUGCACCUGACGGGCGACAUCCAUGCGACGACGGCCGCCAACAACCUGCUCGCGGCCGCCAUCUCGGCGCGGUUCUUCCACGAGUCGACCCAGUCGGACAAGGCCCUGUUCAACCGCCUGUGCCCGCCCAAGAAGGGCGUGCGCACGUUUGCGCCCAUCAUGUUCAAGCGCCUCGACAAGCUCGGCAUCACCAAGACCAACCCGGACGACCUCACCGACGAGGAAAAGGCCAAGUUUGCGCGCCUCGACAUCGACCCGGAGAAGAUCUCGUGGCACCGCGUCGUCGACACCAACGACCGGUACCUGCGCAAGAUCGAGACGGGCCUCGGUCCGGCCGAGCAGGGCAAGACGCUCGAGACGGGCUUCGACAUCGCCGUCGCGUCCGAGUGCAUGGCCGUCCUCGCGCUCGCGACGUCGCUCGCCGACAUGCGCGACCGCCUCGGCCGCAUGGUCAUUGGCGAGAGCCGCGCCGGCGUCCCGAUCACGUGCGACGACAUUGGCUGCACCGGGUCGCUCGCCAUCCUCAUGAAGGACGCCAUCAAGCCCAACCUGAUGCAGACGCUCGAGGGCACGCCCGUCUUUGUCCACGCCGGCCCGUUCGCCAACAUUGCGCACGGCAACUCGUCGAUCCUCGCCGACAAGAUUGCGCUCAAGCUCGCCGGCAUCGAGGAGGGCGAGAGCGACGACAAGAACGGCUACGUCGUCACCGAGGCCGGUUUCGGCGCCGACAUCGGCAUGGAAAAGUUCGUCAACAUCAAGUGCCGCGCGUCGGGCCUCGUCCCCAACGCCGUCGUCCUCGUCGCGACCGUGCGCGCGCUCAAGAUGCACGGCGGCGGGCCCGAGGUGACGCCGGGCAAGCCCUUGCCCGAGGUCUACCUCACCGAGAACCUCGACAUCCUGCGCGAGGGCUGCUCCAACCUCAAGCGCCACAUCGAGAACGCCAAAAAGGUCGGCAUCAACGUCAUCGUCGCCGUCAACCGGUUCACGGCCGACACGGACGCCGAGAUCCAGCUCGUGCAGGACGAGGCGCUCAAGGCCGGCGCCGACGCGGCCGUGCCGUGCAACCACUGGGCCGAGGGCGGCCUCGGCGCGCUCGAGCUCGGCGAGGCCGUCAUCAAGGCGUGCCAGGAGCCCAACCCGUUCAAGUUCCUGUACGACGUCGACCAGCCCAUCAAGGCCAAGAUCGAGACGAUCGCGCGCGAGUUUUACGGCGCCGCCAACGUCGCCUUUAGCGAGCUCGCCGAGUCGCAGAUUGCCGGCUUCGAGGCCCAGGGCUUUGGCAACCUGCCCAUCUGCAUGGCCAAGACCCACCUCUCGUUCAGCGACGACCCGUCGGCCAAGGGCGCGCCCACGGGCUUCACGACGACCAUCCGCGAGGUCAAGAUGGCGGCCGGCGCCGGCUUCGUCUACCCGCUCGUCGGGUCCAUGUCGACCAUGCCCGGCCUCAGCACCCGGCCCGGGUUCUUCGACCACCAGCUGCUCGACGACGGCGAGAUCAUCGGCCUGUCCUAGACGCCCGCACGACCUUUGUCUCGGCACCUCUCUCGGUUCUCAACGAACACCUUCUCGCAUCUCUAUCUCUCUUCAGUUCAGGUCCCGCCCGCCGCCGUCGUCGUCCCCCCUCUUUCGUGCAGUUUGUCCCCCCUCCUCCCGCCCUUUCCUCCCUCUGUGUGUACUCCCUAUCGCACCCUCGCUCUCUGCCUAGAGCCGUCGUAGCAGCAUCGAGUUCAACCUCUGAACAUGAAGAAGUCUUUAUCCCUCUC